AGCCAAGCGUGAUGACGUGAUAGAUUGAAAAAAAGCUAGAGUCCUGCACGCGGGAGGAGACUCGCACUCCACUGUCAUUCGCGGAGCAAAACCUGACCUGAAAUUAUUACCUUCAUUUUAAUAGAUAUCCGUUUAGCGUAGAGUUGUUUUAGCUAAUUUUGCGAGAGUUUAAACCUGAGACAUAGUUAACGUUAAUCUACCCGAAUCCAAGUUUACUUGUGCGACUUGGAAAGAGUUUUAUUCCCAAGAGAACUUCCGACGCGUUUGGUCUCACUAAAAUAGCCAAGGACGCGUUAGUAGAGGUUUUUUAGUACAGCUUUUCGUUCCUUUUUAAUUUUGUGUCUUUAUUCGACCAGUUUUGAUUCAUUCGCUGGUCGCUUUCUAACGGGAUUUAAACGCUAGCUAGUCUGUAAACUAGCUGAGUCCAGUAAAAAUGGGUUUACACCCGUUGGAGUUCAGUGAGUGUUACCUGGACAGUCCUGCUUUCAGGGACAAAAUCAAAGCUCAUGAAGCAGAACUGGACAAAACCGGCAGGUUUAUCAAAGAGCUGUAUAAAGACGGAAAGAAUCUCAUCAAUGCCACAAAACAGCUUUCAUUGGCCCAGAAGAAGUUUGCUCAGUGCCUGGGUGAAUUCAAAUUUGAGUACAUCGGCGAUGCCAAAACUGACGAUGAGAAGUGCAUUGAUGAAUCAUUGCAAGAAUUCUCCUCCUUUCUCAGAAACUUGGAAGACCAAAGAGAUCUGAUGAUGAGAAACAUCACAGAGACACUGAUGAAGCCUUUAGAAAAGUUUCGGAAAGAGCAUCUCGGCUCAGCGAAGGCAGAGAGAAAGAGGUACGAGAAGGAAACAGAGAAGUACUACAGCUCACUAGAGAAACUUUUAAACAUGUCAGCAAAGAAGAAAGAGCCACAACUACAAGAGGCGGACAUGUCAGUGGAAGUGAUGAGACAGCACUUUCAGGAGUCCUCUUUGGAGUAUGUUUGCAAGCUGCAGGAGAUACAGGAGAGGAAGAAGUUUGAGUGUGUCGAGCCUAUGCUGGCAUUCUUUCAGACUGUAUUUACUUUCUAUCAUCAGGGAUAUGAGUUGGCCAAAGACUUUGACCAUUAUAAAAAGGCCCUUCAAAUCAAUAUUCAAAACACAAGAAGUCGUUUUGAGGGCACACGCUCUGAGGUGUACGAGUUAAUGAAGAGAAUCAAAGAGUCGCCACAGGAAUACAGACAGACCAGCCCCAUCAGCAGUGAAGGCUAUCUUUACGUACAGGAGAAACGACCUCCUCCUUUCGGAUCCAGUUGGGUGAAACGCUAUUGCACGUUUGUUAAAGAACAGAAAAUUCUACACAUGAAGACAUUUGACCAGAGAUCAGGCGGGAAGCUGGGUGAGACAGAAUCUGUUACAAUCAAGUCUUGUGUCCGCAAAACCACAGACACUCUUGACAGGAGGUUCUGCCUAGACAUAGAGAUCACAGAUCGACCGAGCACAGUGCUGACGGUCCAAGCACUCUCAGAUGAUGACCACAGAUUCUGGAUGCAUGCGAUGGGAGGAAAGGAGCUGAUGCAGUAUCUCAACCGGACACAUUCACGAGAAAGAGGAAUUGAUGCCCAGUUGGAUGACGUGGGAAUAAGCUUUGUGAAAAAUUCAAUAAAUGCCAUUGAAACCAGAGGUAUUAAUGAUCAAGGUCUAUACAGAGUUGUCGGCGUCAGUUCAAAAGUACAGAAGCUCCUAUGUUUAAUGAUUGAUGAGAAGAGCAGUGAAAUAGAUUUAGCAGCCAGUGAGGACUGGGAUGUCAAAACCAUCACCAGUGCUUUAAAACUUUACCUGAGGAGCCUUCCAGAGCCACUAAUGACAUACGAGCUGUAUAAGGAGUUCAUCGUCCCUGCAAAGAGCGCUACUCCAGAAUCUAGAGUUCAGGCCAUUCACAGUCUGGUUCAUAAACUGCCAGAGAGGAACAGAUUAGUGCUCAGUCUGGUUACCAAGCAUCUUGCCAAUGUUGCCGACAACAGCAAACAGAACCUGAUGACAGUGGCGAACCUGGGCGUAGUGUUUGGCCCCACACUCAUGAGGCCGCAGGAAGAAACGGUGGCAGCUAUUAUGGACCUCAAGUUUCAAAACAUUGUGGUGGAGAUUCUCAUAGAACAGCAUGAAAAGAUAUUCGGGGAUGCUCCAAGCAGCUCUCCAUCCUUAGGAACUACACCCCUCUCUGCGCCAACCAGACAGUCCAAGAGGCUCAGCCGGCAGAAUCGCCCGCUGGCUGUAUACAACCCGCAGGUGAUGGAUAUUCAAACAGUCUCUCCAUCCUCUGAGAAUCCAGCCUUGGUUAAUGAUGAGACAUCAGUGGGCAGCAAUGAGUCGGUCUCCUCCCAGUCUUCGAAUGCCUCUGGAACGCCCCCUGAGAAAUCUAAGAAUCAUCACGCCACCAUUAGCACAUCCCUGCCAGAGAGCACUGGAAUAUGCACUGCCACUGCUUCAUGGAUGAAUUCUGCCUCCCCUGCCUCAGUUACACCGGUGAAACCCGGAUCAGUAGGAACUGAGAAGAAUAAACCUGAGGAAAGUGUCACCCUCAUGAAAGCAAAGGCUGUGUACCCCUGUGAGGCUGAACACGAUUCGGAACUCUCUUUCCAGGUUGGCGCAAUCUUCCAUGACGCAAAAGCAUCACCUGGCAGGAAAUGCUGACGUGAAAAAAAUGAAAACCCAAUGGAAAGCCCUUUUUAAAAUGACACUCUCCAGGGAGCCCGGAUGGCUGGAGGGUGUGCUGGAGGGAAAGCGAGGACUCAUCCCUGAAAACUAUGUGGAGAUACUGUAACUCCGAAAAGAACUAUCCUCUUUAUAUACAUGGUAUCCAUGGUCUCGGCGGCUCUUUCACAAUGGCACUGCUUGUCGUUUCUCCAUCCUUUUCCACACUAAAGACAUCGAGAGACAAUAUAUACUCUAUCCAAAAACACAGAUGUUGCUAUAGCACAGGAAUUAAGUUCAAGUAUAAGCUAAAAUGUGCUGUAUACAUACAAAGAGACUGCUCUUUUAGAGUUUGGAAAUGUAAAUAUAAAUUUGCGUGGGAAAAUAUGCAUCCGUGACUGUUGUGACUGUUGUCCUUUUUUUUUUAAAUUGCAUGUCUUAGAAGUUUAGCCAAGUAGCUUGCGUUGUUGUUAGCGUUAGUAUACUCAAUACUCAAAAAAAAGCCUUGAGUAUCUUUGUAUUUAAUAUUAUCAAGUUGCAUUUAAUUAGCAAAUAUGAGGAAACAUGUAACGUUAUGACAGUGCAGUGAACGUUAUCAGUUUUUUGAAACACUAGAGCGCUUAUUAGACGUAAAUUUAGUGCUUGUCAGAUAUUGAUAUGCGAUUAUUAAAUCUUUCGCAUUGAUUAAAUCUGAUGCUGUGCCUUAAAUUUAUUACGCAUGGCAUGUGAGACACAUUCUGUAUAUAGGUUUGAAUGUUAUGUCGAAGAGGAGACUGAUAAACAAAAAGGUAACCCAAAUAUUGCCAAGUCUUACAAUCUGUGUUGUACACAUAGAAUUAUUUUCAUGGAAAAAAACUUAAAAACCAAGCACUUUCCCUCUUCAAGUGGUUAGAAGUUUUAAGGUUUACCACAUUCGUUUUGCAGAAACCUAAAAAAACAGGACUUGACUGAUGUUUAAUGAGACCAUUUUCAUUUUUCUAAGAGCUUUUGUUCCACGGGUUCAUAUCUUUGCGGUGAGCGUAUCUGUGGUGAUUUGAGACAGUGAUUUAUGACCUCUGCAAAGGUCUUGGCAUUUUUUUUGAUGUUGAAUCUUUUGUUGAUCAAUGUUAAAUAAAUAAAGUGUUUUAUUCUUA